AUGCCGCCCAAACUAGUAGUCGGCCUGAUGGGCUCUUCCGUCGCAAACGGCGCCUCCCUCCUCUCCACUCCAGCCGGCAUGAAAUCCUUCCUCGCCAUCUGCUCCCGUCAUAACAUCCACGAGCUCGACACCGCCCGAGUCUACGCCGCCGGCGGAUCCGAAGCUGUCGCCGGCCAAGUCGGCGCUGCGUCCUCGUUUGCGCUUUCAACCAAAGCGCCCGCGUUCGCCCCACAAUCUCUCCGGCGGGAUGCCAUCAUCGCCAACUUCGACAUAUACUACUUGCAUGGACCGGACAGAACGACGCCCCUAGAAGAGCAGUGCGCCGCCAUUAAUCAGCUGUACUCCGAAGGGAAGUUUGCUCGGUUCGGGGUGAGCAACAUCUCGCCCGAGGAAGUACAGCAGAUUCACGAUAUCUGCAGUCGAGAAGGGUACUGCCUGCCCAAAGUCUACCAGGGCGGAUACAACCCGAUCGGACGCGGUCCCGAGGACGGGCUUUUUCCCCUACUUCGGAAGUUGGACAUGAAUUUCUACGCAUUCAGCCCCCUUGGCGGCGGGUUGCUGGCGAAGCCCUUACAGGAACUGGUGAAGCCAGCCAAGGGGACGAGGUUCGAUGAGAUGAAGGUCUUUGGGGAUAUCUACCUGACCGAGGAGAUCAUGGGGGGAUUACGAAAAGUGCAGGCGGCGUGUGAUGAAGCUGAUGUGAAGUUGAUGGAAGCGACGAUGCGGUGGUUCCGGUGGCAUUCCGUAUUGGGUGAGGGGUCUUGGGGAGAAGGAAAUGGGGUGAUUGUGGGGGCGAGUAGUGAGGCACAGUUGGAGGGAAGUUUAGGGGCAUGGGAGAAGGGGAGGUUGCCGGACAAUAUAGCUGAGGCUUGGGAGGAGCUGUUCCAGGAAUUGAUACGAGCAGGGAUGGUGCCGCGGUUUCACAAUUGA